UACUCCAUACGGUACUUUCAGAGUACCUCAGAGUAUUCUUCCCAAUUGAUGACUUUAUUUCCAACAGUCCGCCAGUACUGACACGCCCAUCAUGGCGUCGCGACGAGAUUUCCUAAGUCAGGCGGCCCCGGAAAAUUAUGUCGCAGGUCUGGGACGAGGCGCGACCGGCUUCACAACUCGAUCCGAUCUUGGUCCUGCUCGAGAAGGGCCUAGCGCAGAACAGAUACAGGAAGCACUCGCGAAGAGAGCGGCACAGUUGGGCGCCGCGCCUCCAACAGCCUACGGUGCCACCGGCAAGAAGCCAGAAGAACAAGAAGAGGACGAUGAGCGGUUCCAAGAUCCCGACAACGAGACCGGGCUGUUCGCCUUCGGACACUACGACAGAGAUGAUGAUGAGGCGGACAGAAUAUACCAGGAAGUUGAAGAGAAGAUGGAAAGACGGCGGAAAGCACAAAGAUUACCGACGUAAAUCCUUCGCGGUCCUCUAGGGAAGCACGAGAACGAGAAGAAAUCGAAGAAUACAAUCGAAAGAACCCCAAUAUAUCGGAACAAUUCGCAGACCUAAAGAGACCUCUAGCCACGAUAACCGAUGAUGAAUGGGCAAACCUACCGGAUCCUGGCGAUCUGACGGGCAAGAACCGAAGAUCGAAACAGAACCUGAGGCAACGGUUCUACGCCGUUCCCGACAGUGUAUUGGCCGGCGCGAGGGAUUCGACGGAACUUCAAACGACUGUUCAAGAUGAAGGGGCGGACCCUGGUGUAAGUGCCGACAACAGAGAUGGGACGAUGACGAACUUCGCGGCUAUUGGUGUUGCAAGAGACAAAGUCCUCAAAGCCAGGUUGGAUCGAGCUGCGCAGGCAGAUGCGGGAACGGGAUCAGCAACGGCGAUUGACACCAAAGGAUACUUGACCAGCCUCAACACUGCAGAAUUCAAGGCUUCAGAACUAGCGGUCGGAGACGUCAAGCGGGUCAGAGUCUUGUUGGAGUCAGUAAUCAAGACAAAUCCUAAGCAUGCUCCUGGUUGGAUUGCUAUUGCACGGUUGGACGAAUUAGCUGGAAAGAUCGUGUCCGCCCGGAAACUCAUAGCUCAAGGCUGUGAGCAAUGUCCCAAGAGCGAAGAUGCCUGGCUGGAGAAUAUCCGAAUGAAUGACAACCACAAUGCGAAGAUUGUUGCUGCCAACGCAAUCAAGAACAAUGAGCGCUCGACGAGGUUGUGGAUCGAAGCUAUGAAGCUGGAAUCGGAACCUCGAGCAAAGAAGCGAGUCUUACGACAAGCAAUCGAUCAUAUUCCUCAAUCUGUUGCCAUCUGGAAGGAAGCAGUCAACCUGGAAGAAGAUCCGGAAGACGCAAAGUUACUGCUUGCCAAAGCCACCGAGAUCAUCCCUUUGUCUGUCGAAUUAUGGCUUGCCCUGGCUAGACUAGAAACUCCCGAAAAUGCACAAGCGGUCCUCAAUAAAGCCAGGAAGGCUGUACCGACAAGUCACGAAAUCUGGAUCGCUGCAGCACGAUUACAAGAACAGAUUGGCAAUGCGACCAAGGUCAAUAUCAUGAAUCGUGCGGUCAAGGCGCUUGUCAAGGAAGGUGCUAUGCUCAAGCGUGAGGAAUGGAUCGCCGAAGCCGAGAAGUGCGAAGCAGAGGGUGCUGUAUUGACCUGCGGCGCCAUCAUUCGAGAGACACUUGGAUACGGUCUUGAUGAGGACGACGAUCGGAAAGAAAUAUUCAAGGACGAUGCAAAGGCUAGUAUGAGCCGAGAACGGUUUGAAACAGCUCGAGCUAUAUAUGCAUAUGCUUUGCGUAUCUUUCCCACUAGCACAUCGUUAUGGCUCGAAGCUGCUGAUCUUGAGAGACAUCACGGUACCAAAGAAGCGCUCUGGCAAGUCUUGGAGAAAGCUGUCGAGGCUUGCCCACAGUCUGAAAACUUUUGGCUACAGCUUGCUCGAGAGAAGUGGUAUGCUGGGAACGUCGACGAUGCUCGUCGCGUGCUCGGCAGAGCCUUCAAUCAGAAUCCUAAGUCCGAAGAAAUUUGGCUUGCAGCUGUCAAACUGGAAGCAGACGCCAAACAGGUCGAUCAGGCCAGGGAUCUUCUUGCCACCGCACGACAAGAAGCCGCCACUGAGCGUGUCUGGUACAAGAGUGCCGCAUACGAGCGUCAACUGGGUAAUAUUGAUGUGGCGCUUGAUUUGGUCCUCCAAGGUCUUACUUCUACCGUGGUCGACAAGAAAGAGACACGCUUCCCUCGCAGUGCCAAGCUAUGGAUGAUCAAAGGUCAAAUCUACGAGGACAAAGGUAUGAUACCUCAAGCUCGAGAGGCAUAUUCUCAGGGUACGAGGGCUUGUCCAAAAUCAGUCCCUCUAUGGCUUCUUGCUUCACGACUCGAAGAGAAAGCAGGCAUCAUCAUCAAAGCGAGAUCAGUCCUUGACAGGGCGCGACUGCAAAAUCCGAAGAAUCCGGAAUUGUGGGUGGAGAGUAUCCGAGUUGAGCUGCACGCCAAGCCACCGAAUGUUCAACAAGCGAAGAUAUUAAUGUCCAAAGCACUACAAGAAUGUCCCAAAUCAGGCCUGCUAUUGUCGGAGAACAUCUGGAGUCUACAACCUAGAACUCAACGCAAGCCAUUGGCAUUAGAGGCGAUCAAAGCUGUCGACAAUGACCCGAUUCUAUUCGUCACCAUCGCGCGAAUAUUCUGGAGCGAGCGGAGAUUGGACAAGGCUAUGAGCUGGUUUGAGAAGGCCAUUGUGCUCGAUCCCGAUCUGGGAGACACGUGGGCGUGGUAUUUGAAGUUUGUGAUGCAACAUGGUACUGAUGAGAAACGUGAAGACGUCAUAUCGAAGUGCGUAUCUGCCGAGCCCAAGCAUGGUGAAGUCUGGCAGAGAGUGCGGAAGGAUCCUAAGAAUGCGUAUCUGAGCACAAAGGAGGUCCUGAUGGAGGUGAUGAAGCAGCUGGAAACCAAGGAUGUUAUUGCUUAGAGGGAUACUGAGGAGCACAAACCUGGUCCGGCAGCCCGGUAUCCAGCCACUGAAAUCAAUAGCGUGUGAUCGAUCAGACUAAAUAUCCUGGUUGAGUGG